ACUCUUCCAAACUCACCUUCAUAGUUUAUCUCUCCAAUCCAAUUCUCUCGUUCCUGCGAUCUUCCUCACGCCCUCCUGCAGACUCUACUCUUUCAUUCUCACUCCUCCGUCACACACACUCCUCACACUCCUCACACACUCGAUCACAGAUAUAUACUCUUCCGACAUGCCAGAGUCAACAGUCAAUAGCAAGCAGACAUUCGCUCUUUCUGCAACAUUCACCCCCGCCCACCUCAAGUUUAUCAAUGCCAAACUCGAGAAACUGUCGCCAGAAAAGAUCAUCGAAUGGGCCAUGAUAUCCCUCCCUGGCCUUAUCCAGACCACUGCCUUCGGUCCUACCGGCCUCGUUAUCCUCGACAUGAUCAAUCGCAUCCAUAUCGAUCAGCAGGCCGCCGCCAAUGUCCACCCCACGCCAGCCUCGUCUUCGGCCUCGGAGGACGAUGAUGAGGAUGGUAGCCUUAGCCGCUUCAAAAAGUCUGGCUACAACACUCGUCGCCACCCUGUUCCCUUGAUCUUCAUCGAUACCCUCUACCACUUCCAAGAGACCCUCGAUUUGGCCCAGCGUGUCCAAGAUCACUACAACAUCCCUCUCAAGGUCUACAAGCCCCAAGACUGCGAGACGGCCGAGGAUUUCGAGCAUCUGCAUGGUAAACAGCUCUGGGAGAUGGAUGAAGUCUCCUAUGAUUACCUCGUCAAGGUUGAGCCCGGCCGCCGCGCCUAUCAAGAGUUGGGCGCCCAGGCUGUGAUCUCCGGUCGCCGUCGUUCUCAAAAGGGUGACCGCUCUCAACUUGAUAUUCUUGAGGUAGAGCCAGGCACCGGUCUUCUUAAGCUGAAUCCCUUAGCGACUUGGUCUUUCCAGCAGGUCUGGACUUAUCUCCGCGCCUACCAAGUCCCAUUUAAUGCUCUUCUUGACCAGGGUUAUCGCUCCAUUGGCGACUGGCACUCGACCAAGCCUGCCUCGAAUCCAGAUGACGAGCGUUCUGGCCGUUGGGAGGGCAAACAGAAGACCGAGUGCGGACUCCAUGUCGACUAUUUUAAGAUGAGGGCUGAGUUCCAGGCAACCCAAAAGAAGAAGCAGGCUCUGCUUGCAGCGCAGCAGGCGAUCCAGCAGCGCCAACAAGAACAGCAACCUCAGCAGGUCGUCGAGGUCGCAUAAAAAUCGGCGAUGAUGGGUACUCAAGGCGCGAUACGAUAAUCUAAUAAUCACCUCAUUCCGUCACAAUAUGAUUUAUCAUUGUCGCGUCUCUCUUCUUCCCCUUCAUACCGAUCACGUUUUUCUUUCACCGUGGAUUCGCGUUCGUUUUGUACUUGUAGCCCUCCCCUCUCUUCCCCCGCUAUUCUCAAUGUCUACACUUUCAAGACGAUAGUGCAGUUUAGACGGAC